AUGAAAAUCCCUUACAGGCAUGCCCAGCAGCGUGGGCUUUCAUUGGCUGCUGAUACAAUCAAGUUAGCAGCCAAGAUGAGCCAAUACACUGAGUCUCGAAAUGUUCACAAAAGACUUGGGGAUAGAAAUAGAAAUUUCCUUUUGUCGGGGGGCGGGACAGGCGAGCUCGGUAGUCCCGCCCCCGCUUAUGCUGGACACCCGCGGCCCAGCGGCCCGCAAGGAUUUGAAACCGUUUGGCUGUGGCGGCGGGGCGUCGGCGGCCGAGUGGACGGCUUGCUUGUGGGGGCUCCAGAACGGGUUCUGGAAAUGGAAAGUGAAGAAGAAAAAUGGGAGAAGCUGGAUGCAGAAUUUGAUCACUUUGUGGUAGAUAUGAAGCCUUUUGUUCUAAAAUUACCCCACAGGUCAGAACGGCAGAGGUGUGCUCUUUGGAUCAGAAAAUUGUGUGAGCCCUCGGGAACAGGUGCAGGACUCAUGGGUAGGAAGAAUCGGAACCUGUAUGCAAAGCUGUUACUGCAUAUGCUUAGGCGGGGUGUACUUGAAGGCCCCUUUUCACACCGUCCUGAGCCGGGAACACUAAAAACAUUGCCAUCAUAUAUGUCCAUCUAUUUUGAUGAACCAAAUCCAGCACAACCAAAAGCUUCAAGCCCAGAGAAGCUACCCGACUGGGUAAUGGGUGAGCUGGAGACAGGCGAACACAAAUUAAAUGAAUCAUGGCAGUUCUCUUCUGGAGAAGACAACACACUGGUGCUGUCAGCAAGUGAUGCCCACAGAGAACAUUACACUGGAAAGCCCCGAAUGAGGUCCCAUUCCAUGAGUCCAACUUAUAAAGAAGACAGACAACAUAUUGCUUCAAAGAUCUGCGAAAUUCAUUCAAAGGAGUCUCCUGUCUCUUUAGAUGACAGCGACAUCGAAGCUCGCUUGAAUAGUUGGAAUCUUGGGAUAGAAAAUCCUCGAUACCUGAGACAGAAGCCUUUUCCAGUUUCUCUGAUAACUCCAAAAGUCAGCCUGAGAAAGUCCAGCAGUCUUCAUGACGAUCAUUUCCUCUCUCGAAUGCAUGAGAAGGAGUUGGACAUGAAAACAAAAAUGAUGGAAGCAAAGUUAUAUGAAGAAAAACUUAAGCUGCAACAGAAACAUGAUGCUGAUGUACAGAAGAUUUUAGAAAGAAAGAAUAAUGAACUAGAAGAUUUGAAAAUCUUAUAUAGAAAAAAACAAGCUGAAACUGAGGAUACUAUAAUAAAGCUUGAAAAGAAAGUUCAGAUCCUUAUACGAGACUGUCAAGUUAUCAGAGAAACUAAAGAAAACCAGAUAACAGAGCUGAAGAAGAUGUGUGAACAAAGCACAGAAUCUCUGAAUAAUGAUUGGGAAAAAAAGCUUCACAAUGCUGUAGCAGAAAUGGAAAAGGAAAAAUUUGAGCUUCAAAAGCGACACACUGAGACUAUUCAGGAACUGCUGGAGGACACAAACAUGCGCCUGAAUAAAAUGGAGGGUGACUACAUGGUGCAGACACAGUCCACAAACCACAUGAUCAAAGAACUGGAGGACCGUGUCCAGCAGCUGACCGGGGAAGCAGAGAACAGCAAUUUACAAAGGCAGAAAUUGAUUGAAGAAAAACUGGAUCUUGAGAGAUGCUACCAGAUGACCUGUAGUGAAUUACAGGAACUAAAGACAAGGCGUAAUAUACUGCAUAAAGAGAAAGAACAUCUUGCAAAUGAUUAUGAGAAAAAUGUGAAAUUAUUAAAAACCAAAUACGAUUCCGACAUAAACCUCCUAAAACAAGAACACGCGCUUUCCGCUUCUAAGACAUCUGGUGUGAUUGAAGAGUUAGAACAGAACAUCUGUCGAUUGAAACAGCAGGUCCAGGAGUCAGAGCUUCAGAGGAAACAGCAAGCGAAAGAUCAAGAAAAUAAGUUUCACAUGGAGAGGAACCAUUUAAAACACACCUAUGAGAAAAAGGUUCAUGAAUUGCAGAGUGAACUUGAUAAGGAGAAAGAAGAUACUCAGAGGAAGAUCAAUAAAUUUGAAGAAGCUUUGAAGGAGAAGGAGGAGCAGCUCAGCCGUGUGACUGAGGUUCAGAGGUCGCAGGCCCAGCAGGCAGAUGCUGCCCUGGAGGAGUUUAAGCGGCAAGUGGAAGUGAACUCUGAGAAGGUCUAUGCUGAGAUGAAAGAGCAGAUGGAAAAAGUAGAAGCAGACCUGACUAGAUCCAAGUCUCUUCGUGAGAAGCAGUCCAAGGAGUUCCUGUGGCAGCUAGAAGAUGUCAAGCAAAGAUAUGAACAGCAGAUAGUAGAGCUGAAGCUGGAGCAUGAACAGGAGAAGACGCACCUAUUACAGCAGCAUAACGCAGAGAAGGAUAGCCUAGUCCGAGACCAUGAACGGGAAAUUGAAAACCUGGAGAAACAGCUUCGCGCUGCCAAUAUGGAGCACGAAAAUCAAAUUCAAGAGUCCAAGAAACGAGAUGCACAGCUUAUUGCUGACAUGGAGACCCAGGUUCAUAAGUUGAGAGAAGAACUGAUUAAUGUGAACUCUCAGCGUAAACAGCAGCUGGUAGAACUUGGUCUUCUUCGAGAGGAAGAAAAGCAGAGGGCUGCGAGGGACUACGAGGCCGCCGUCAACAAGCUGAAGGCUGAAUCAGAGAGGAUGAAAAUGGAGCUGAAGAAGACGCACGCCGCCGAGACAGAGAUGACCCUGGAGAAGGCCAACAGCAGGCUGAAGCAGAUCGAGAGGGAAUACACUCAGAAGCUUGCCAAAUCUUCCCAGAUCAUAGCAGAGCUUCAGACAACCAUUUCCUCCCUGAAAGAGGAGAGCAGUCGACAGCAGCUUGCUGCAGAAAGGCGGCUCCAGGAUGUUAUACAAAAGUUUGAAGAUGAGAAGCAGCAGCUGAUUAGAGAUAAUGACCAAGCAAUCAAGGCUUUACAAGAUGAACUAGAAAUCCGCUCUAAUCAGGUGCGAAGUGUGGAGAAGAAGUUACAACACAAAGAACUGGAGGCGCAGGAACAGAUAAUGUACAUACGACAAGAAUAUGAAACAAAAUUCAAAGGGUUAAUGCCAGCAUCUCUACGACAAGAACUUGAGGACACCAUUUCCUCCCUAAAGUCCCAGGUCAACUUUCUACAAAAGAGGGCAUCCAUCCUUCAAGAAGAGCUGGCCACCUACCAAGGCAGAAGGUAACUGCACAGGAGACUGUGACAGGUGAGCUUGUCUGGGCUGCACUGUGGACUUCUUCCAGCAGGUUUGAAGAUUUGGAUAAUGUGAACUGUGAGAUCAGUGGCUUUUUAAAUGCUUAAGUGUAAUUAAGAUCAUAAAAACAUGCAUCAUCCA